ACAGAUUCGGACUUGCAAUUUCCUCUUCAUUGUGACCUCGAACAACAAGCGUUCUCCUCCGAACACCGUGAACUACGGAACACGGCUCAGCGAGAAUUUGAUAGCUCGGUAGAACGUGAACAACCAGACGAUGUGCCCGUGGACGGAUCCGACUGUUUUACCAAACCGGACCCCAUGCUGAGCGACAAUGAGGGUCUUCAACUCCAGUCCAGCUCUUCGGUAUUCAGCGGUGCGCUCAAAACGACCGAGCUUCCGGAACAAUGCUUCGCUAAUAAGGACAAACUAGACAAAACAUGUUGUUUGACACGAUCCGAAAUUUUUCGGGUCGACAUUCCACAGGAUGACGACGCGAAGAUGACCACAAAGACGGAGGACAUUUGUCCCACUCAGAAGGUUUCAUCAGUACCUAGUUCCCCUUCCUCCUUGCCACAUGACGAAGUAAAGGUGUCAUCAGCAAAACACACAGAAGCAGUAACGACAGAGGCGGGUGAUGAAGACACUCAGCCCUCAUCUCCGUAUCUUGCCGAUACUUUAGACAAUCUUAUUGACGCAGCUCGAUGUGUUUAUGCUGAGGCUCAACUGGAAGAAGCCGAGUCCGUUUUGGACCAGCUGCUUUCCAAGUUCGCUGAUCCUUCGGACUUGUGUACAGCAUGGGACAAUCUACCGAACAAUGUUGGGAACCUUCAAGACACUAUCACCCAAUCGCCAUCUUGUUUCUCUCCAGUCUUCAAAGUGUUGCUCACUCAACCAGAAUCACAUAUUUUUCCCGAUCUGUGUAAACCUUCCUCAACUGGACGUCAAUUACAGGACCUAUGUAAUCAAUUGGCAUGUGCGAUACGUCGAGCGAAGCGAAAACUGCGUGUAUUACAGAAAAUGAGAGCUCGUCAAGCGCGGAACAAGAAGAACGAAAUUUCUAAUGAAAACUCCAAUUCCUUGCCUACCACCAAUCAAACUCAACGCAGGUUAACUUUUCUUGAAAAGUUAAAGCACAUCUGGCCCGGAUCUACCACUGACUGUACAGAAAGCGAAGGUGGAGCAAUGAACUACCGGUAUCUGACUUCCAGUCACGCCGGAUCAAGGGAAUACUCAAAAGUCUACUCAAAUCCUCUGGAAUGUCCGCUUUCACUGCUCUCUUUUGUUACUCAUCUGGCUGAUCCAAACACGAUGGCUAGACCAGACAACCAUUUAACUGGCACUGAAGUACCACGUCGAAGCCCAAUUUCGCAAUCGGCCCAGUUCUUUCCUGAGUCGCUGACCAAGAUUCCCGGUGAAUUGGCCAUACAGAUCGAACCCAUGAAUGAUCUGCCAGAUUCAACGCUUGAAGCCGGUUGGUCAAACGAGGUAGAUCGACCACAACCGCCCUCUUCCUUCGAAUCUCUCACGUCUCCUACCCUGUCGAUAUUUUCUUCAUCCGUAUCACCUUCUUCGUGUUCAACCACAUCAUGCGGAAGAACUCGGAGAACAAGUAAGGUCAAUCUUCGGCGACGCGUACGAGGUAAAGUGGCCAGAACUCGGAGGCUAAAUGGGAUAACACCACAAUCCGGAGUUCACUCUUCACCCACGAAAUCAAACGAUCGUACACAUGAAGAACUCGAAACCGAUUUGUCAAAAUCCCCUACAGGGCAUGCAAAGAGGCCAGCCAAUUUGUGCUACGAUUCCCUGAGCGAAUUGCAUCUUUCCGUUCAAACUAUCGACAAACCACUGGAUCAGAUAGAGUCAUCACCCGCCCCUUCAUCUUCCAGUUUGUUUGGCCAUACCCCUCGGUUUAGUUUACCAUCUCCUUGUGAAACUUACGAGAACAUGAAGUCCCCGGAGGAGCUCGUUGGCCGCAAAUUUAGCAUUCAGUCAGGACCUAUCUCUGGACCAUGCUUAUCGGAAAAUCACCCGAACGACCAACGUCCAUUCAGCUCUCACGACGGCACUUCAGACACCCACACGGAUGGUAGCAGCGGGAAUCUACGAUUAUUUCCCAUGUUUCACGAUCAGGAGGAAAUGAGCACAUGCUCCUCAGGGCACUUCGACACCCACACGGAUGGUAGCAGCGGGAAUCUACGAUUAUUUCCCAUGUUUCACGAUCAGGAGGAAAUGAGCACAUGCUCCUCGGAAGAUCGAUCAUGGAUCAGGAAUCGACCACCCACACCGGAUGUGAGGCGCAGUGAUUUGGAUCUCUCGGAUCUUUCUGAUGGAACCAGGGUAUUGGUUAUCCAAGAUACGCACUUGCGAGCUGGUACGCUAUUCCUCCACAAACAGCUACCCGUACCGGGUAUAAUGAAAGGUGGGACAGAUUUCCCACCUGAGAACAAGAGGGAUCAGCUGUUUCGCAUACACCUCGAUGGCGAUCGCCUAAGUUCCAGUACUUUGCACUCCAUCUCGUCUUGCCGACCGAAGCAAGGAGGCGGAUCCGGUCAGAUGAGACGCUGUUCAUCUCCGGCUAGUUAUCAAUCCGAUUUGUUGUCUAUGUCACCGUCUUCUUCAACUGUGCCGUCUUAUUCAUUCAUCAGUUUGAAUUCACCAAAGAAAGGCCGACAAAGUGACAUAGUUCUCCUUGGUUGGCAGGUGGUACAACAAGCCGUACUGGAAGUAAUUCCUUCAUCAAUGAGUCAUCUGCCACCGGGUGCUCGGGUGUGUGCUUCAUGGAGCGAGCAGCUGGCUUCCAACCUUUACCCUGGCACGGUGGUCGAGGCUUCUGUCGAUGAAAUCGUUGGACCGAGAUGUGUUGCGGUGGAUUUCGAUGAUGGAGAUCACCGCCAGGUGCCUAUUGAUCAUAUCAGGAUGCUACCAGACCACUUUACCAAUUUGUAUCAGUUAGCUAGUGAGACAAGAGGAAAAGGACUUUCGAGCCCUUUUCUACAAGCUACCUCGCCAAGCCGUCGAUCUUUUCUCGAUCCGCACCCAACCUGCAGCGGAUUGAAACGAAGAAUUCGACACCACAGUGAUCUCAGUGCAUCCACUAACUCUUCCGACAAGCGGACUCGAUGUAUUCCGCCGGCAACAAUUUCGAGCAACAGUGAUGCACAUGGCAGCGAACGGAAUGGAACAAUUCGGUGUCGUAUUACAAGUAGAAAAGCUUCCUCUACAAAUUUUCGGUCAGCUUCCUGUACAGCAACAGCCAAUUUGUGUGCGACAUCUCAGGGACCAGAUUUAAAAAUGGCACCAACCAGUAAUGCCCCACUCAGUGCGAGGCCUAUUGGCGACGGUGUGAACAUCAGUGUUGCAUCUUCCUCUACGUUAUCCAGUUGCCCUUCUGAUUCUGAUCUGCCCGAGCUACAACGCGGAAGUUGUUCAUCAGCAACGAAUGACAAGCUAGUGAGAAACAACCCACUGGUCGACAACGAUGUGUCUUUGGAUGUGCUAUCAUCCAUUAGCAGCUCCUCAGACGCAUCUCCAUGGCACAUUUUGGAGAAGCUCAGGCGCAGGAGAAACGGACAAGUCUACUGCCGUUCAGUUGAACGAGACUCUGAUGGACUGGUCGUAUCGGUGGGGGAUACUGUUGAAUUCAGUUCUGGUCGUGAUGAUGUCUACCUCGGGAUAAUUCGCUCGAUACGGUGGGACGAUGCGACCGACAGCCCUUUUGUGGUGGCCGCAUGGUUUUACAACCCCGAAGAGGCUGGAGCCGAUGGUCAACGUGUUUCAGAUAUCAAGGGAGCAUUGUUCGCCACAGACCACGUGGAUGAAAAUGAGGCCAGAUGUAUCAGUCGUCAUGCCGUGGUUCUCCCGACUUACGCUGAGUACCGCCAGCGCCAGAUGUCCGACUCUACCGUGAAAGAACCUCAGAGCAGGACAACCUCAGUCGUCCACCCAAAUGUCCCGUUAUAUCCAGACAGUCCACAGGUCAACCGGAAAUUCGAAUGUCCAGAAAAGGAGACUCCGACCGCACAAUGCCUCGAACAACUCACUGAUAGCAGUUCACAACCUGGUCUUUUGAACCAUGUCAACAUCUUGGAUAUCAGUUCACCGAACAGUAGUGACAGUGAUGCAUCAAACGGACCAUUAUAUUUUAUUGCCGGGAAGUACGACCCUGUCAACCGGCGUGUAAUAUCUUGGGAUCCAGACGUUGAAAAACUCAUAAGACGCGGAGAGAAAUGAGGAACCCCGCAGUCAUUUGAUCAUUUCACACCAUCUUGUGUCCUAUGACCUCGGACAAACUGUGUGGUGGCAAUAGACCUCUCAUGGAAUCAUUGAUUCAUUCGCCUCGUCUGUCACGCAACCGGUGGUUCACUGCUUUUUUUCUGAAAAAGAGGCUGUGGAUAUACGAAUACAACACUAAUCAAUCAUUUCCAUCAAGUCAAAGUGAUAUUUUUAUUACUACAACGCCAUUAUUGAUAUUAUUCCAAGUUGCAUUCUCGUGUUGUUUCUCCCACUCCAGUUUCGACUGAUCUCUGGUUCCAUUGAAGGACGUUUUUCUCAUGACCACAUCCACGCAGAAUGUACCUGGUGAACAAAGCAGUAGCAACAACAGCAGCAUUUUUGCGAUUUAUAAACGGGCAUACAUCACUGCAUUUCUUUAUUACAUGAUUUGUGGUGAAAUUCACUCACUUGUG